AUGAGUUUAUUGGCUUACAAUUCAUUACCAAGUCCGAAUGAUAGAUUCGAACUGAAAGAAAUUAUCGGUACAGGUGUUUGUGCUAAAGUUUAUAUUGCAAGUGAUAAUGAAUCAAAUGGAAGAAAUGUGGCAAUUAAAAUUCAACGUUACGAGAAGGAUUUAAUUCCUUACAUUAAUGAAGAAUAUCGUGUUUUGCGGGAUUAUUCGGCACAUCCAAACAUACCAGAUUUUUAUGGAGUCUAUCGUAAGAAAUCUACAGAUUCUAAAGAACCUGACGAAAUUUGGUUUGUUCUGGAAUAUUGUGAAGCUGGUCCAGUGAUUGACAUUAUCAAGUCAUUACAAGCUAUUAAUAAGCGUGUGAGUGAAGAGCACAUUGCUUAUAUUUUGCGUGAAGUUGCUAAAGCAAUAUUGCAUCUACAUGAAAAUAAUGUCAUCCAUCGUGACAUCCGAGGAAGUAACAUUUUGAUGACAAAAGAAGGUGAAAUUAAGCUUUGCGAUUAUGGAUUAUCGCGUGACGUUAAAGCAACUAAUGGAAAACGUUCGACAUGCAUUGGUUCCUGCAGUUGGAUGGCACCAGAAGUCAUUGCAAGUGCAAAAGGAUAUCCAUAUGAUAAUCGAGCAGAUGUUUGGGCUUUAGGAAUAACCGCAAUUGAACUAGCUGAUGGAAAAACUCCAUUUGGUGAUAUGCAUCCAACUCGAGCAAUGUUUCAAAUUUUAAGAAAUCCACCACCGACUUUAUAUCGUCAAUCUAACUGGACUCAAAAUUUUAAUGAUUUCAUUGCUGAAUGCUUAGAAAAAAAUCCUGACCAUCGUCCAUUUCUGAUAGAAAUAAUGGAACAUCCAUUCUUUACUGAUCUCCCUUCCAAUGAUUAUCACCUUUCGCAAGAGAUUAAAAUGCUUCACAGUGAUGUUGAAAAUAUAAACUUUCCUUCACAAAGCGAAUCAAUUAUUUGUAAUGGCCUGUUAAGAACUCAUGACAAUAAAAUUGAGAAGCUCUAUGUUGAAGACUUGGCUGCAUUAGAAAAGUUAUCUGAUGAUACGAUUUUUGAGGAAGUGAAAAACAGACUUAAAAUUGGAUCAACUUAUACUUAUAUUGGUGAUGUUUUGCUUUCUUUAAAUCCUAAUAAAGAAUUUCCUAUCUACGACCGAAAGUUUCAUAAUCGCUAUAUGUUCAAAUCACGUUCAGACAAUGCACCUCACAUAUUUUCUGUUGCUGAUAGUGCUUAUCAGGACAUGAUGCAUCACGAGGAGCAACAGUACAUCAUGUUUUCUGGAGAAUCGUACUCUGGAAAGACCACAAACAUGCGACUGUGCUUUGAACAUCUUCUCAUUAUGGGAGAGGGAAAUGCAGGUGUAGUUGGUCGUAUUCAGAAUGCAUUAAUUGCAAUUAAUGCUCUUACUCAUGCUGGAACACCAUUAAAUAAUGAUUCAACAAGAUGUGUUUUGCAAACUCAAUUGACAUUUGGAACCACUGGAAAACUCAGCGGUGGAAUAUUCUGGAUUAAUCUAUUAGAAAAAUCCCGAGUUUCGUCACAACCAAAUUUUCACAUGUUCUAUUAUUUUUAUGAUGCAAUGGAUACUGAAGAACGUUUGACUGAUUUUAAUCUUGAAAGCGGUCGACAAUAUCGUUAUUUACGUGUUCCUGAUACAUUUGUUAAGUCAAAUUUAGAUUUUGUUCGAGAUGAUCCUUUAGGAAAUGCUUUAAAGUUUAAAGAUUUUGAACAAGCUUUAUUAGCCCUUGACAUAUCUCAAAAUACUCUCGUUGCUAUAUAUAAAAUUUUUGCAGCAAUUUUAAUUCUUGGUGAUGUUCGUUUCAAGGAGUGUGAUAAUGAUAGAAAAGCAGCAUUAGAAGAUCCAACUUUAUCAGAAAAAAUAGCAAAAUUAUUAAGGCUUGACGAGAAAAAGUUUCAAUGGGCACUAGUCAAUUAUUGUGUUUUUAUUCAAGGAAAUAUUGAAAAACGUCGAAUGACGCCAGAUGAAGCCCGUGAUGCUCGAGAUGUUCUUGCUGGGAACCUUUAUUCUCGCUUGGUCGAUUAUAUAUCAAACCUAAUCAAUCAAAAACUUGCAUACAAUAGAGCAAUUUUUGGUGACACCAACUCAAUAAUUUUAAUGGACCUGUUUGGCUUUGAAUGCUUCAAAAGAAAUCGUCUAGAGCAACUCUUCAUCAACUCAAUUAAUGAGCAAAUGCAAUAUCAUUACAAUCAACGAGUUUUUGUCUGGGAAAUGGUUGAACAAGAAGAAGAACACAUUCCGGUUACAAAGCUUAAUUUUUAUGACAACAAAGUUGCUGUCGAUCAACUUAUGAAUACACCAAAGGGAAUUUUCCACGUCCUUGAUGAAUCAAGUCGUGGUCAAUAUAAUUAUGAAUUUAUAACAGAUACGCUAGGCAAUAGAAAAUCACCUUACAUACAACGAUAUAGUGCACAUGAGUUUUCUGUUGCGCAUUACUCUGGAAAAAUUGUUUACGACACGCGCGAUUUUGUUGAAAAGAAUCGAGACUUUCAGCCACUUGAAAUGAUUGAAACAUUACGAAAGUCAGAAGAUGGCAUUGUUAAAAUUUGCUUCACUAAUCCAUUGUCAAAAAGUGGAAAUUUAACAAUGGCUAUGAAUGAAUCAUGUUCUCAAAGUACUUCUAAGAACAAAAAGGGAAUGAAAUGGGCAGACGCUUUAGUCCAAGAAAAAAGUAAAAAUCGGAAAAUGAAUACACUUUCAAGAGGACAGUAUUCUCAAAUCCAUAAAAUGCGAACAAUGUCGUCUGUGUUUCGUGCUGCAUCCUUAGAUCUUCUCAAGAAUUUAUCAGUGAUCUCGAACAGUGGUGGAAUCUAUUUUGUUCGAUGUGUGAGAUGUGAUUUGGAAUAUCGCGAAAGUGGUUUUAAUGAAGACAUGGUUCGUCAGCAAUUGAGAGCAAUGGCUGUUUUAGAUACUGCAAGAGCUAGACAAAAAGGAUUUUCAGUUCGUGUUCCAUUCCAGGAAUUUUUGAGGCGCUACAAAUUUCUAGCAUUUGAGUUUGAUGAAAAUGUGGAAUUGACAAAAGACAACUGUCGUCUUUUAUUAGUUCGAUUAAAAAUGGAAGGAUGGAUUAUCGGGACUUCAAAAGUUUUCUUAAAAUACUUUAAUGAAGAAUAUUUAUCACGUUUAUAUGAAACUCAAGUUAAGAAAAUUAUAAAAGUCCAAUCGAUGAUGCGUGCAUUUUUGGCAAAAAGAAAUAUUGCAAAUAAAAUAAGGAGCGUAUUAAAGAAGCAAACUAGUAUUGGUGCACCAGCAAAAGACAUGAAUGAAGAAGAAGCUGUGAUUAAAAUUCAAACAGCUUUUCGAGGAUAUAAAAUUAGAAAAAUUUAUGGUCCACUGAUUAAUCAAAAAACUGGAAAAAUUGACAUAGCAACAGCUAAAUUUAUUGAACCUUUUGCUACUCGUUGGAAGAAUAAAUCUAUAUUCCAAAUUUUGCUGCAAUAUAGAUCAGUCCGUCAUAUGGAUCUUCAAGUUCAUAUUUAUAAUCAACGACUCAUGACAGGCUUAACGUGUACUGAGAAAUGUAUUUUGUUGGAAAAAAUUGACUCCAAAGAAGUAAACAAGGAACAACUUGGUCCAAUACGCAGAGCUGUUUGGAAAAUUCCGUUCCGUUUAGACGAAAUACCGUACUUUGAUACGAAAUUCUUAUGCGAUACAUCCCAAAUUACCAACUUUACCGCUUAUGAUGAAGAGUCUGAGGCAUGGGAUGCUCCAUUACGGAGACGAACAAAUGUUUCUACACAUAUCACAUAUCCACAAAAUAAUUUGUAUCAUGCUGGCAAUAAUAGACGCGAGUCUGUUUAUUCUGAUAUAAAUGAAGAUGAUGGAAUGAUUGUUGAUGAGCCAUUUAAUCGAGAUCCAACAAUUCCUUUAAAGAAAGUAAGGCCAAGAAAAAUUGAAUAUAAUCCAUCACCACGUCCGAGUAUUCAAGUGGAAGAGACUGUAAAUGAAGAACCUCGUCCAUACUGUGCCUCACCAACUCCCUAUUCGAAACCAAGUGUUGGAAAUUUAUUACAAAGAUUUUCUCCUGAUGGCAGAGAUCAAAAAAAUUGUGCACCAAAAAAACGUGCUCCAAAACCACCUUCAUCACAAUCUGUUGAUGACACACCAACAUGGCUAAAGAAAGGUCCUGCACCACGAAUCCCAUCACCUUCUAAUCGAAAAUCAGAUCCAAUAAGAGAAAUGGAAUCAAUUGGAAAGACAUCUUAUGAAGAAGAUGAAAGUGAUAACCCACCAUUUAAUUUUCAAGCAAUGUUAAGAAAAACACCAUAUAAUCGUAACUCUAUGAAAAGAUCAACAGAAUCGAAGUUUUCACUACCACAUGAAGAUUCAAUUAAUAAUAAUUCAGAACCGUUUGUAGAAACAAGACCAAGCUAUUCAUCUGUGGUUUAUCAUAGCAAAUCUAACCGUCCACGAUCAUGUAAUGAAAAUAUGAAUGCUCCUCGUCCACAAGAAAGAAAAUCAUCAUUAUCAACUGGCAAAAAUGGAGAGCCAGAUGAAAAUGAAAAUUUAGAUUUUAUUCAAGAGGAAAUCGCGCCUGGAAUCGUUGUGGAAGGCUAUGUGGCAGAUCUAUAAAAAAAAUAAAGAGAUUUAACUAUUCAUGAUAUUUUGAAAACAUAAAACAUAAUUGACAUAAUUUAAAAUCAUCAGCAUUAGUGGUAUUUAAAAAUCAUCGAUUAACAUUUCUGAAAUUUCGCUUCAAAAAUCUCAGAAUUGCGCAGAAUAAAAAUCAAAUUCGGCUUUGUUGGCUAGAAAAGCUAAAGAAAUUUAAAUUUAUUCUUGAAAAAAUUCAACUUGGUUUUAAUUUACAUUUGCAUGAAAAUUUUCUUUUUUUAAAUUACUCAAAUUAUUCAAUAUAAUUAUUAAUUAG